UCGGUAUCUGUUCGCGUAACUAUGGCUACCGUUGUUGGAGCGGUCCUUUUAACGUUUUCGGCAUUGUCUGUCACGGCCCUAGAUCAUAUGCCAGCUGACGGUAAUGUCAAAGGAUUAUUUCCGCUUACAUUGAUUCAUAACAACGAUUUUCAUGCGAGAUUUGAGGAAACAAACUUGAAGUCAAAAGCAUGUUCAGAAAAGGAUAGGAAAAGUGGUAGUUGCAUAGCUGGCAUCGCCAGACUGUACCACAUGAUCAACAAGUUGCGAGCCGAUUAUAAAUCAUUGAACCCAAUUUAUCUGAAUGCUGGGGAUAACUACCAAGGAACGCUGUGGUACAAUCUGUUGAGAUGGAACGUCACCGCCGAGUUUAUCAAGAAAUUGAAACCUACUGUUAUGACCUUCGGCAAUCACGAAUUCGACCAUGGUCUGAAAGGACUUCGACCCUAUCUGGAUGAGCUGAAAAAAGAAAACAUUCCGACGGUUAUUGCAAAUAUGAAGUUGAACGGUGAUAAAGAGCUACCGGAACUACCGAAAUCAAUUAUACUUACAGUGAAAGGACAACGAAUCGGUAUUAUCGGAGUGCUGUACGACAAAACACAUGAAAGUGCCCAAACGGGACGGGUAACCUUUUUCAGUGCUGUCCAGGCGGUCAAAUCGGAAGCUACUGAACUGAAGAAGAAGGGCGUUAAAAUCAUAGUGGUGUUGUCCCACUGCAGCUUGGAUGAGGAUAAGAAAAUUGCCCGUGAGGCGGGAAAUGACAUCGACGUGAUUGUCGGUGCCCACUCGCAUUCUUUUCUGUACUCCAAAGAGUCGAACAAGCCCUACGAUUCGAUAAACGACGUAAUUGAAGGACCCUAUCCGGAGCUUGUUGCUAAUGGCGUGAAUAAGAAGGUUCUGAUAGUUCAGGCUAAAGCUUAUGGGAAAUAUGUAGGCCGGCUAACGGUGUAUUUCGAUCAAGAUGGUAAUGUUAAGUACUGGGAAGGUUUUCCGGUGUACAUUAGUGGGUCCGUUACGCAAGACCCAGCAAUUCUGAAAGAUAUGGUUGUUUGGAGAGAAAUUGUGAAGAAAACUGGUUCAACCGUUGUCGGUAGUACCGAAGUUGAAUUGGAACGCGAGCCUUGCCGCGACCGGGAAUGCACUUUGGGCGUUGUCGUUGCAGAUGCUUUUGCUGAUCACUACACCAAUGAAACCUUUAGACCAUUGGCUAUUGCACAAGCUGGAAUGUUCAGGAAUCCAAUAGCUAAAGGAGACAUCACCAACGGUGACAUUAUUGAAGCGACUCCGUACGGUUCCACCGUUGAUCUAAUCCUUCUGAAAGGACAGCACAUUUGGGACGCAGCAGAGCAUUCGUACACAUGGGACGACGAGAAUCGCACCAAUUGUCUGCAAGUCUCCGGCAUGCGUAUCGUAAUCGAUGCAAACAAGGACUUUUACAAACGCGUCGUUUCCAUUGAGGUUCGAGAUUACCGAAAGCCAAAAUCGGAAACCUACCAAAAACUGGAUCGAAAUGCCGAAUACUAUGUGGCCACGCCAUCCUACUUGGCUGACGGCAAGGAUGGGUUCGUUUCGAUGGGCAAAUCUUUAGCAAGAUGGAAAGGUGCACUGGAUUCGGAUGUAUUCAAAGCUUACGUCGAAAAGGUUUGUGUAAUUAAAAACCUAUCGCUUGGGUGCGUGAAGAUUCUAGGAACAGCUAAUAAAAGUCGAAGAAAGUGAUCAGUCGGAGUGCACCGAAGGAUCGUUCCGUUACGAAUUUUUAAAGAAAUAUAUGUCAAAUCUUACAGCAAACGGAGAUAAUACCACAAACGUAUUUACUCCAAGCAUGCCAUUCAAGGCAGGCAUUAAUGAUAUUCAGUUUUAAAUCACAUUUGUAAGAGAGUAAUCUACGAAUUUAAAGAAAAUUUUCUGUAAAUAAAAAAUUUACGACGAGGUUUUAACGAA